AUGGUUAUGGCAACGGCUGUCCUCGACACUUACAACCACAAUGUUAAUCACCCUCAUAUCGCAUUAAAGAGACCCAUUUUCCGGGAAUCUAUUGAGCAAUAUGACGUGAUUACCCCAAAGCAACUCAUCGGCCAGGCUCUCCACCAGCGCGUGGAGGCCAUUGACCAUGAGAUGUGUGAGCCUGGCGACGAAGAUACAUUCUUCGUUGCCGACCUCGGCGAGGUCUACCGCCAGCAUCUCCGCUGGAAGAAGAAUCUCCCUCGAGUCCGGCCCUUCUAUGCUGUCAAGUGCAACCCCGAUCCUCAGAUCAUCAAGCUUCUAUCUGAGCUCGGCACCGGCUUCGAUUGCGCCUCCAAGACCGAGAUUGAGCAGGUUCUGGCUUCAGGCCUCAGCCCCGACCGCAUCAUCUACGCCCAACCCUGCAAGACUAACUCGUACGUCCGAUACGUCAAGUCUGUGGGCGUCAAGCAGAUGACUUUCGACAAUGCCGACGAGCUCUACAAGAUCGCCAAGCUCUACCCAGGAGCCGAGCUCUUCCUCCGCAUCAUGACCGACGACAGCGAGUCCCUGUGCCGCUUCAGCAUGAAGUUUGGUGCUGCCAUGGACACCACCGAGGGUCUCCUCGCCCUGGCCAAGGACCUUGGUCUCAACGUUGUUGGCGUCAGCUUCCACGUUGGCUCUGGUGCCUCCGACCCUCUCGCCUUCUACAAGGCCGUUCGCGACGCCCACGCCGUUUUCCAACAGGCACGCGACUUUGGGUUCGCCAUGCACACCCUUGACGUUGGUGGUGGCUUCUGUGGCGAAACCUUUGAAGCCAUGGCCAACGUCCUCCGUGGCGCUCUCGAUGAAUUCUUCCCGCCUCACAGCGGCGUCGAGAUCAUCGCCGAGCCUGGUCGCUACUAUGUUGCUACGGCCUUCACCAUCGCCUGCAACAUCAUCGCUCGCCGCACCGUUGAGGACCCUACUCUCGAUGGAAAGGGUUACAUGCUCUACGUCAACGACGGUGUCUAUGGAAACUUCUCCAACAUCAUGUUUGACCACCAGCAGCCUACUGCCAAGAUCCUCCGUGCUUCUGGCAAGACCCUCUUCGAGACUGCCGUCGCCGCACCCACUCCUGUGGGCGAGGGCUUCGAGUACUCCAUCUGGGGUCCUACCUGCGACGGUAUCGACCGCAUCACUGAUAGCACUCGUUUCGACCCCAUUCUUGAUGUUGGUGAUUGGCUUUACUUUGAGGAUAUGGGCGCAUACACCAAGUGCUCUGCCACUCAGUUCAACGGCUUCUCCAACGCUCACGAUGUCAUUUACGUCUGCAGCGAGCCCGGUGCCAAGGCCCUUCUCGGACUGUGA